CACUCCAGCCCUGUGUGUAGUAACCCAGAGCAGUGGAGCUCUCAGCUAGACAUGGCGGCGGAUCCUAAGCCGGACUGGCUCUCCUGCCUUCCCUCUUCUUGGAGUUAUGGGGUGACUCGGGAUGGACGCAUAUUCUUCAUCAACGAAGAAGCAAAGAGUACAACCUGGUUGCAUCCUGUUACUGGAGAGGCUGUAAUCACGGGGCACAGAAAAACUCCAGAUUUACCAACAGGAUGGGAGGAAGGAUACACAUUCGAGGGAGCUCGCUGCUUCAUCAAUCACAAUGAGCGAAAGGUGACCUGUAAGCACCCGGUGUCAGGCAUCCCCUCCCAGGACAACUGCAUCUUUGUCGUAAAUGAACACAUGAAUUGUGGAAAGCUUGUCCACCCUGACAAGCCCCUAGAGGCUCUCUCCAGGCCAGCUCCUAAGGCUUCAUCAGAGCAGGGCAGCAGCAGUGACAAGAAGGAACGUCCCAUGAGCACCAUGAGCGAGGCAUCGAACUACACAGGGGGGUCAGACUACAGCACCUUCCCCGGCAGCCCAGCCACCACCGUCACUACCGCCACCACGACGUCCACUUCAUCUACACGGCCCUCUAGAUCUUCUAAAAAAGUUCACAACUUUGGAAAGCGGUCCAACUCCAUCAAGAGGAACCCCAAUGCCCCUGUGGUCAAGAGCAACUGGCUUUACAAACAGGACAGCACAGGCAUGAAGCUGUGGAAGAAGAGGUGGUUUGUUCUGUCCGACAUGUGCCUCUUCUACUACCGCGAUGAGAAAGAGGAUAGCAUCCUGGGAAGUAUCCUGUUGCCCAGCUUUCACAUCUCCAUGUUGUCGGUGGAUGACCACAUCAGCAGGAAAUACGCCUUCAAGGCCACCCACCCCAACAUGCGGACGUAUUAUUUCUGCACUGACACAGCCAAAGAGAUGGAGUGCUGGAUGAAAGUCAUGACUGAUGCUGCCCUCGUCCACUCUGAACCAGUCAGAAGACUCGACAAGUUGAAAGUGGACCAGCGGACUUCUCAGGAGCUGAACAACUUACUGAACCACAGAGUCCUAACCCGGCCCGAGAUCCAGAACAAUGAACGCAACCGUGAGCCUGUGCGACAACACUCCCUAUCUCGAGCUGACGACAAACGGCAAAAAGACGCUGAGAAACACAACGGCCAGAGGGAGCGUGAGUACUACACCUUGCAGAGAGAUGGGGAGAGGUACUCCCUGAAGAAAGAUGGUGUGAGCUACACGCUUCAGAAGGACGGGGAGAGGUAUCUCCUCCACAAGGAUGGAGAGAAGUACCUGCUGCGAAAGGACGGGGAGAAACCCUUACUCCAGAAAGACGGAGAGGUGUGCGCCAUUCACAGGGAUCUGGAGAAGUACGCUGUUCAAAAAGUGGAUGAAAAGUACACAGUGACAGCGACAGAGAACAAAUACGCUCCGUCUAAAGAUGGAGAGAAGUACCUGCUCACAAAGGAUGGAGAAAAAUAUGCACUGCAGAAAGUCGGAGACAGGCACACGCUCCAGAAAGAAGUACAGAAAUACGUUCCUCAAAAGGAAGUGAAGAGACAGCUGUCGUUAAAGGAGACAGAGAGAUACAGCACAAUGAGGGAGACUGAGAAUAAAUAUGGUACCAUACAAGUUGUGGACAAAUACGGCACUGUGAAGGAAGUGAAGAAAUACAGUACGCUACGUGAAGGUGAUAAAUACACUCUCAGAGAUGUAGAGAAGUACGCUACGGUCCGUGGUGGGGACAGAUAUGGCUUCCAGAGAGACCCGAGUGCAGAGAGGUCUCUGACUAAAAUCAGCAGCAUCAAGCUGCAGCCAGCUCAGGCUGCUGCCAUCGCAGCUGCAGUGUCUGCAUCUCGCCAGGGUCAGGCCAACCUCAACGUCCAAAAGCCCGUGCAGGUCAACGACUCGGGGUCCGCGGUAGUGGAGAAGACUGGGGACUGCAGCCCAGCAGAGGUGGAUGCCAGCCUGGCUGGAGGUCCUGGAAAGUCCCCUGCUCCUCCAGUGCAGGAGCCAGAGAGGGGCCUGUCCAGAACCAACUCCAUGCAGCAGCUGGAGCACUGGGUCCGCACACACAGGACGAGAGGACCGGACGAUGACACCAGGAGUGUUACGUCCUACCAGACCUUGCCCAGGAACAUGCCCAGCCACCGUGCUCAGAUUGUGCCCCGCUACCCAGAGGGCUACCGCACUCUGCCCCGCAACAGCAUGAUGAGGCCCGACAGCAUCUGCAGUGUGGCGGGUUCUGUUUACGACCGAGCCCUCCGCCCCGCCUCCACCACCACCGUUACCACGGCGGAGAAGAGGAGGUCGAUGAGGGACGACACCAUGUGGCAGCUGUAUGAGUGGCAGCAGAGGCAGGCCUUCUCCAGGCAAAGUCUGGCUCAGCCUACAGCUGUGGGUCAUUACGGCACCCUGCCCAGUACAAAGACCAUGGGCAACAUCUCUGAACACACCAUGGCGCACUCCAUCCCCACCUCGCCGUCUCACGGCUCCCUGGCUCUCUACAGCACCUUCUCCCCUCCUCGCCAGCAGGUGGCUCACAACCCCAACAGCUCCCACUCUGAGGUCUCCUCACCCGUCUUCAGGGGGGACGUGACACUGGACCAUCGGCACAAGGCACACCUAGCAAAGUAUGGCUACCCACCUGACCGACGAUCCAUAGCAGUCGGUGUCCCUCCUCAGACCAUCACCCCACAGUCCUUGCAAGGCAAGACGCCGGAGGAGCUGACCCUGCUGCUGAUCAAGCUCCGCCGGCAGCAGGCGGAGCUCAACAGCCUGCGGGAACACACAGUAGCUCAGCUAAUGGCCCUGGGUAUGGAGGGGCCCAACCCUAAGACUGAUGUUCUUUCCCAUCACCUCCAGAGGAACCUUAUUUACCUGGACAGCCAGACGAAGGAAAAUGAGCCGCUAAUCUUCAUGAUUCACACUAUGAUCGAGAACUCGGCACCGAGGCCGCAACUCUACCAGCAAAUCAGCCCGGACGACUACAAAGACGGCUCCUUCGUCCAGCGCACAGAGGAGGCCGACAUAGACACCAAGCUGAGCAGGCUGUGUGAGCAGGACAAGGCGGUGAGGAUGCAGGAGGAGAAACUGCAGCAGCUUCACAGAGAGAAGCACACGCUGGAGACAGCCCUGCUGUCCGCCAGUCAGGAGCUGAGUGAACAGAGCGGCUCCAACCCUGCAGCCGUACAGAGCCUGGUCCAGCAGAGAGACGUGCUGCAGAACGGCCUGCUUAGCACCUGCAGAGAGCUGUCCAGAGUCAGCACUGAGUUGGAGCGCUCCUGGAGGGAGUACGACAGGUUGGGGGCGGAUGUCACUCUGGCCAAGUCCAACCUGCUGGAGCAGCUGGAGGCCCUGGGCAGCCCACAGACAGAGCCUCCAAGCCAGCGACACAUCCAGAUCCAGAAGGAGCUGUGGAGGAUCCAGGACGUGAUGGAGGCUCUGGCCAAAAACAAACCACAGCGGAGCACAGACAGCACAGGUUUUCCUGGUUCCAAACCGCUCUCCAGUCUACAGAAGAACGAGGCAGUGACGCUGCUGCCACUCAGUCCACUCAAGGAGGCCGAUGGCGUGCCCCCCCGCCCGCCCCUUCCACAGUACUACGACUCAUCAGAGCGCCCCCCCACGUGCCCCCCCCACCACUCGCACCCCGGCAUCCGCCUGCCUUCCCACGCGCACCGCCCCGAGGACCGCAAGGCCAGCUCCAGGAACGGAGCACACAGCCAAGCUCCGGACUACCGACUGUAUAAGAGUGAGCCUGAGCUGACCACAGUGAAGGAGGAAGUGGACGAGGCUAAUGGGGAGGACAAGGACAAGACAGAGACCUCUGCUGAGAGUAAAGAUGCUGCAGCCUCAAAAGCGCCCCCCUGCCCAGUUGGCAUCGUCCCUCCCAGGACCAAAUCUCCCAUGAGCCCUCCCGAGUCCUCCACCAUCGCCUCCUACGUCACCCUGAGGAAGACCAAGAAGCCUGAAUCCAGAUCAGACCGCCCCAGGAGUGCAGUGGAUCAGACGGGUUUUGGGGAGCGAGAGGUGGGCAGAACGAGGAUGAGCGUGGAGGAGCAGCUGGAGAGGAUGAGGAGAAACCAGCAGGCCUCGUCGCUCCGAGAGAAGAAGAGAGAAACCCCGUCCCGCUCGCCCUCCUUCAACAAAGAAGUUGCUAUCCUGCAGAGCCGGGUCCAGGCAGAGGGGGCCUGUGCAGACCCUGUGGAGCUGGAGGCGGCUCUGCAGCAGCUGAAGGUGGCUCACAUGGAGCAGAGCAGGAUGGUCGCCGAGGCUGCUGGGACUCGCACAGAAGCUGCACAACAGGAAGUGCAGAGAGAAGAAGAGGUGAAAAACGACAAGUGUGAGGAGGUACAGCAGGACGGGGACGUGACCCUGCAGAGUGUGAAUGAGCCGCAGGCUGAGACCAACAGCAUAGUCAGUGAGCUGUGUGAAAGCCAGAGGGUGGUGAUUCUGGACCUGGGCACGGAGCCUCAGCAUGUGGAGAUUGUAAACCUUCAGCCUUUUGAGGAUGACGAAAGCAGAGAGCAGGAUCUGACCAGCUCGCCAACAAACACCACCACUGAAAACAGCUUCCAGACUCCCGAGCCUGCCACACCGAGCCCGGAGCCGAGGGAGGAGGAAGCAGACGUGACGCGGCAAACCACCAGGGAGGAGCGGCUGGAGAGGAGCCUGGAUUCUUCUAAGCAGCUGACGGCAGAAGACAUGAAACAUAGCAACAACAACAACAACAUGCUGGCUGCGCAGACGUUCACCUUGGUGAGCAGCGACACGUGAGCGACGCCGACCUACACAUGCACACCGGCGUCCCAUAAAAAGCCCAAAUGUAGCCAAGCCUGCACCGAGCAUGCUCCACGGCUUCCUGCGUUUACAACUUUGAUACUACUGUUACAUGCCCGCGAGGAGACUGAGAGGACAGCAGCCCUGCUGAGAGCACAGACGGACUGCCAACACAUCCAGACACAGAGACAGACCUUUAGCUCCUGUUAGAUCUGUCCAUACUGAUAUGUCCCUGAGCAAAACACCAACUCUAUGGAGUCACAUUUGUCCCAAAACAUUUCUGCAUAAAAAUAACAUUGUGAAAUGGUUUAGUUGUCUUUAGUCUUGAGAGUUGUAAAAUCUGUCACCAUAUAAGUCAUAAAAAUCACAAUAAGGGGUUAUGAUUCAAUAUAUUGCGAUAUAUAUAUAUAUAUAAAGCUGAUAAAUGAGGCAUUUUAGGCCGGAACAAUCCCAAAAAAAGCCUGUCAAAUCCUGGAGUUACUGAUAAAAAAGACACACCACAAUAUGCAUAAAAUCUGAGUUUUAAAAAAAGUUAACUUUUUUUAUGCAACCAGAACAACACUGCUACAGAAUGCAACAGAUAAUCCAUAUAAUAUCACAAAACAGAAUAUCGCGAUACUGUGUAUAUUCUCUUACACCCCUAUAUAUAAGAUGAAUUACUUUCUUGUUAGAAUGACAACAAACCCUUUUCCUCUCCGGCUGUGCAGUAACACGCAGCCACACAAGGUCUAUAAGUGAAGAGGAAGUGGUAGACCAAGGAGUGUCUAGCACAAGAGUCAAAAGAUUUUUUCAAACUACUUGACCUACAUGAUAGUCUGUUGUAGGGCUGGUGUCUGUGUGUCUGUUUUGUGUCUUUUCAGAAAGGCAGAGCUUUUUAAAAGUGUUUUUAGAGUUUUUAUUAGCUGUGUAUCCAGUAGAGUUUUUAAUCUUUACAGAGGGUUGGUUUCCUGAACACAGAUGAUGUUUGGAAGGAACACCAAGCUCCACAUUCACACAAAUGAACAACUGGUGGCUGCCCAGUACAACCAGUGUGAUCUGUGGGCCACAGAGCAGCAUAGUUAGGAUGGAGCACAGGAUGCAUUCAGGCUCAGCAUGGAGGGUAGAGCUCAUGUCCUGACUCCAUACCACCACCUCCCUGUCUUUGGUGUGUAUUUGCAGUCAGAAUUGAGCCUUUCUAAGCCCCGCCCCUUUUUGCUAUGUGCUCCAGUAACAGUUGAGCAAGUCUCGGUCAGAACCUCGGUCAACUUUCUCCUUUACUUAGAUACGCUCUGUAGUAGGCUAAUCUAUGUUGGAAAGACAGCUGCAUUUUGAAGAUGGUUGAAAGAUAAAAGUGGAAGUCACAUCUUAUGUUAGCUAGCUAAUUCACAUCAAUCAUUAGCUAUCUAGUUAGCUAGCAUUUUACUAACAUUAACAGCUGUAACUAGAUUGAUGCAGAUUAGUUAAAUAGCUAGCGACGUAGCUAGAUCUGAACAAGAGGGGGCAAUAAUUUCAAGGCCCGAGCAGGGGGUGGGGGGCAUAUGCACUGAAACAGACGUAUGCCUGUGUUACUGAAGGCGUAGUGAGUAACGAUGCGUAAUCAUGCAUGUGUGUUAGUUUUGCUAAGGCCGCCGUUUACUUCAACCAACUUUCCCACGUUGUGACAUCGUUGAUGAACAAUGCAUGGGAUUAUGUCAAAUCGCAGCGCAGCAGCCGGCGGGAGUGUAGACGUUUUGAGAAGAAACGCAUACAAUUCCGGAUUUUAUUCAUAAAAAUAGAAUAUCGGACAGCAGAAGUUAACUGGGGUGGGACCCCCCUGCCAUAAAAUGCUGAUCACAACAUAGACUUUGAUUAGCUUGCUGUCAAAAACUGUAUUUAUCAAUUUAUCCAGUCAGGGUGAAUAGAUGGAAAGGAACUCUGUCCUGUUCUGUCUUCCCCAUCCUUGGGUCAGCUAGCGAACCACAGACCCUAAUUAGGUCUCAUGUAUCUUCUCUUCUCUUCUUCUUUUGUUGUUGUUGCUGUAGUUCAUAUUUUGGUGGUAUAAAUAUAUCAAAUCAAACCAUUUCACAAUCUUGACCGUAUGUACAACUUGUUUUGGGGGUAUAAUUUAGCUCCAUAGAAACGUGUUGCCAAAUAUACACACACACCAAUAUACAGACCUUUUGAUACCUUACUAAGUAUUACAGUCAUCUUUAACAUGAUAAUUAUUAGAAUAUUCUACUGAUCUGGAGGAGGGGGUAUUAGCUGUUGCUGGAGGCGAGUGUACAGCUGUAUAUAGGAGCACCUGAUGGGCUGAGCACCAAAACUCGACACACAUGCAGUGCUUUACUUUAACCCCAAAGUGACCGCCAAUGCUCUUGAUUUUGAUUCUUUGUGUUCAGACCGGAGGCUCCUUUAUUGCUCUAUUUUCACAUCUUUUGCACCUGCAACAUAACAGAUUGUCCUUCAUUGGAUAUAUAGUAUAUAUAUAUAUAUAAAUAAAUAUAUAAAAAGUAUAUAUAUGAACAUAAAGCAGAUUUUUACUUCAACAAGGUGCCACUUCAUGCUGCUGUUUUCUCUCCUUUUUUUUGGGACAAGUAUUUUGCAGGAGUUGUGAUUAUUUAUGUGGAGCAGACUGUCUGAAUCUCCUGAUGACACAGUAUGUGAGCGUUUUGGAUUUUCCCGUCUGCUUUUUGUCCCUUUUUAUUUGGUUUACAUUACUUAGAGGCUAUACAGUAAAGAGGCUGAGGAUGCGACACGGAUGAGACAUUUUGCGUUUGACUCUGUCCUGUAGGUGGUGAUGAAUCGGAGAAUAGCACACGUACGAAGCAAUAAGUAGGACUUUGGAGCUCCAGGAUAUAAAAGACAUUUAAAAGAGAUGUAUAAACUGUAAAAAAAUAAAAAUAAAUCAAAUAAAACAAGAUAGCUUAAUUUAUGUACACACUGAAAAAAAGAGCGAAUAUUAUAACUAUAAGAGGUUAUUAUUAAUAUUAUUAGGGUCAAUAUGCAAAAAGUUCAUACCCCAUCUGUUUUAUAUCAUGUGAAAUAAAUGUUGAUGUUCUUAAAA